AUGGACCCGGACAGAAAUCAGGGCAACAGUUUUCUGGAUAGAUUGAUUACUUUGUGGGACUCUCUGCAUACUUCUGCCUCACAACGACGCCCCACACAACGAAAUACCCAACCAGCACACAACACACUACGAACAUCAAGAAACGUUAGUUACAACGCUAACCAUGAUCGAGCCCUGGAAGAAAUCAAAAGAUAUGAAGAUUUUACGACAAUAGAUUGGGUACAGGAUUCAAUACAAGAGCGAUCGAGGCUGAACGCUCUUCGACGCGUGGCCUUGGAAAAUAAAUCUUCAUGGAGUACAUGGCUAUGGUUAUCGUACGAGGCAGGGCAAACGUGGAUUGUCGUGUCGAUCGUAGGCGCAGUCAUCGGUCUCAAUGCUGCAUUGAUCGAUAUCAUAACAGAAUGGCUAUCCGAUAUCAAACUGGGCUAUUGUAAAAAUUCGUGGUGGCUGAACCAAAAGUUUUGUUGUUGGGAAAUAGAACGAGAAGAUGGGUCUUGUGACGAAUGGCACAAUUGGUCGCAAUAUUUCAUUAUCAACUGGUUAUUCUAUAUAAUGUUUGCCACACUCUUUGCGGCAGUCUGUGCCUAUAUAAUUCGAGCAUUUGCUCCGUAUGCCGCUGGGUCAGGUAUAUCCGAGAUAAAAUGCAUUCUUGCUGGAUUUGUUAUGAAAGGAUUUCUUGGUGCUUGGACUUUAUUACUGAAAAGUAUUGGACUGCCCUUGGCUAUCGCGUCUGGCUUAAGUAUCGGGAAAGAGGGUCCGUCAGUACAUACGGCCGUUUGUAUCGGAAAUGUCAUAUCGAGAAUGUUUGGAAAAUUUAAGCGAAAUAAAGCUAAAAUGCGGGAGAUACUUUCGGCUUCAUGCGCAGCUGGUGUCGCAGUUGCUUUUGGAUCCCCGAUUGGAGGAGUUUUGUUUUCGUUCGAGGAAAUGAGCUCUAAUUUUCCAAUGAAGACCAUGUGGAGAAGUUUCUUUUGUGCAUUGGUCGCGACUGUUGUUUUACAGGCUAUGAAUCCGUUUCGCACUGGCAAACUCGUAAUGUUCCACGUAACUUACGAUCGCGACUGGCACUUUUUUGAAAUCAUUUUUUUCAUACUUCUUGGAAUAUUUGGCGGUUUAUAUGGGGCCUUUGUGACCAAGUAUAAUCUCAAAGUUCAAACAUUUCGUAAAAAGUAUUUACGAGAUUACGGUGUUGCAGAAGCUACUGUUCUUGCACUUCUCACUGCGUUGAUUGGGUAUUUCAACAUAUUUAUGAAAAUUGACAUGACUGAAAUUCUUGGAAUAUUGUUUCGCGAGUGCGAAGAGGGAUCAAACAGUUAUGAAAGUUUGUGUCAGGAAUCGCAAAUGUCAAGAAUGACCUGGUUACUACUCUUGGCAACCGUCUUAAGAACCGGAUUUACAAUAGUUUCUUAUGGUGCAAGGGUGCCUGCCGGAAUAUUCAUUCCAUCGAUGGCCGUCGGAGCUACAUUUGGCAGAUUUUUAGGAAUCAUUGUGAAGGGAUUGCAACACGCAUACCCUUCUUUUCCUCUAUUUGCAUCAUGUAAACCGGAUGUAUCAUGCAUCACACCUGGAAUGUAUGCAUUCUUGGGUGCUGCUGCCGCUUUAGGCGGUAUAAUGCAUCUGACUGUAUGUAUUGUAGUUAUCAUGUUCGAGCUUACCGGCGCUUUAACUUACAUUCUUCCGACUAUGAUAACUUUAAUGGCCACGAAGGCCGUAGGAGAUCUAUUUACUAAAGGCGGAAUAUAUCCUUUUCGACGAUCGGCUAUGUUUACAGCAGAUCAAAUGAUACGACUUAAUGGGUUUCCUUUUCUUGACAAGGAAGAAUACUCGUUUGGUGUCCCUGUUGCAACGGUCAUGAGAAAAGAUCUUGUAGUAAUAACAGCAUCAGGACAACGUCUCGAUGAAAUAGACCAAAUGCUUUCCGAGACAAACUUCCAAGGAUUUCCUGUUGUUCAAGACCGGAAAACCAUGAUUUUGCUCGGAUAUAUAGGCAGAUCCGAACUCAGAUAUGCUAUAGAUAAAGCAAAACGUAUCCGUGGCGUGUCCAACAGUGCACAUUGCUUCUUCAAUGGAGAUGAUAAUAGUAGUUAUUCAAACGUUGAUAACUUUGGCGAGAGCUCCUCAAACUUUAUAGACUUUGGACCAUUCAUAGACCAGACACCAAUAACGGUCCAUCCUCGUCUUCCACUGGAGACUGUUAUGGAUCUUUUCAAAAAACUGGGUCCACGAGUUAUACUCAUCGAACAUUCAGGGAAACUUGUGGGUCUCGUUACUGUAAAGGAUGUCUUAAAAUAUAUCGCGUGCAAAGAUGCAGAGGGGGCAAAUAGAGCCAGUGCUACAGAGUCCACAGAAGAUGAAUAUGAUAUCCUCGCCGAUACAAAUUCUAGACGACGAGGUUCAACAUUAUUUGAAUUAGGUAGACGAAGGGGCAGCGAUUGGUAG